AUGUCCCAAGAACCUCGAGCAUAAACAGUCGGAGCUUUUGAAAAUAAAGUAAGUUCGAUUGUGCCAUUAUCAUAAUUAAGAAGAAUCCAAUAAAAUUGUUUUGGUACGUAGGAAAAUUUUGGAUUGAUCUAAAAGAUGGAACUACAUGCUAAAUCCCAGGAAAGAGUAAAGAGAUGGCCCAAUACAAUUAAUGCUUUAAGAAAGAAGAAGGACCAGACGAGAUUCGAAAGAUUCAAAGCUGAUGAAGAGGAGAGAAGGAGACAAGAGGAGGAAGAAGCAUUAUAUUAAGCAUAAGUCAAACAAGAGAUCUUGGAAAAAGCCAAUCGUUAGAUCUACGAGGCCAAUCCAAGAGUUAGACAAUUUCAAAGCAAAUUAUUGAUUACUGAUGUUAUAUAAGAAAGAGAUGCGCAACUGGAAUUGAAUAAAUAUAAGAAAACCAUCUUGGAGAUGAAGGAGGAAGCUCAUCAUGAGGAAGUUUUAGAUAAUGUAGCACGAUUAUAAUAAAUAGAGGAAAUUAAAUUGGAAGAAAUGAAGAAAAAGAAAAUGGAGUAGCGAAAAAUAUUGAAGUAACAGCAUGAUGAAAUGGUCAAUAAUCAUAUCAAAUAAAUACAAAAUGAUAGAAUUGAAGGUUAAUUGAACAAGGCGAAGGCAGAGUAAUUGAUUAAAGAUGAAGAAGAGGCUGAAAAUGAAAGGAAAAGGAAGAGAUUGGCUAAUAUCGAGGAGGUGAAGAGAGGCAAUGAGGAUAUCAAAGAACAGAAACAACUCUAGAGGCUUAAGGAAUUAGAGGAUGAUGAAAGAAUAAGAGCAUAUGCAGAGAAGAAGGAAUAGAUAAUGGAAAUGAGAAAAAAAAGAGAAGAACUCAAAUUUAAAGAAAAAUAAGAGUAGAGACAAAAAUUGAUUGAUGCAUAAAUAUCUAAAUUAGAAUCUAUUGAAAAUGAACAUUAAAGAAUACUAAGUAAAUAGAUAUAAGAGGCCGAAAUCAAGGCAGAGGAAGUAGAGAGGAUAAAAAGGGAAAAGCAAAUCUAAUUGAAAAAGAAUAUAGAUGAAAGUAGGAAGAUUACUUCAGAAUUCAGAACUAAGGAUUAAGAAUAAAGAGUAAAGAAUGAUAAAGAGUUCUAAGAGUAUUGGAAGUAAAGGGCUGAAGAGUUGAAGAAGAUGGAAGAUGAUGAAAAUGAAUAAAUUAGAUAAAGGAGAGUUCAGCUUAAAAACUUUUAGCUUACUUAAAUUGAAGAAAAACAGAAAUUGAGAGAAUAAUAGAUUCUCUAAGAAUUAGAUGAAGCUGAAGAAAUUCUCCGUAAAAAAGAAUGCUGUAGCAGAACAUUCACAUCUUGGGCAUAAAGAGCUGUGGAGGAAUGGUAAAGUAAUGGUAAAAAUGUAUAUCCAAUGCUCAAAGAACUUACAACCAAGUAAAAUUGA